CAACUCCCGUAAGCCCGUGGUUAUCUGCUCGGGAUUCCUAGAAGAGGAGGCAGGCUGGGGUUGGUUAGAUAUCGAAGCUCGGACUAAUAUCCCGUGUAGGUAUAUGUAAGUGGCGCCAGGGUGUUAUCUUUAUCUAUCAGGGCUUAAAUGGUUGGAGCUUUGAGGUUGGGAAUUCCUCCCACUUUAGGGAUUGUCUCUCCAACUCUUCGCCUUAUUUAUGAAGAUUGCUCGCUUGUGUUACCUCGUAGCAACGCUGCAUCUAUAUAUUCCUGUCAAUCCAAACCCGCAUUCGAAUUCUUUGGCUCUUCCGGAAUAUUCGAAUAGGGCUGUCUCUAGCGGCUUACUAUUGACGUAAAGCCGGACAAGCUAUCCACAUACAUGAUAGCGCAGGCGGCGACUUGGGUGGAGCUGGGUGAGCUUUUUUUUCUCGGUCAAGGGGAUUGCCACCUUCCAACCCAAUACAUUUGUCACGGUUUCGAAUAGUCUUCCGGUUACUCAAACCGGGCCGGAAUUCUCUCAUUUUACUUUUGGAAUCGCGGCUUUUUGUGAGACUACUGUUUUCACUAUCACGCAAUGGCAACCACUCCUCCGGACGUGUCCGAAACUAAAAUUGCGGCGCAGGACGCCGAGCACGGGAUUGCGACGGACCCGACUUUCGGGGUUGAUGAGAAGAAACUCAUGAGGAAGCUCGAUGCCCAUAUUAUCCCGCUUGUGAUGCUUUUAUAUACAUUUAGCUUUUUGGACCGUGUGAACAUUGGAAAUGCGCGUCUCUAUGGUAUGGAGAAGGACCUUGGGUUGGUGGGGAAUCAGUUCCAAGUGGGCGUUUCGAUCUUCUUCGUCACGUAUCUGUUGUUCGAAGUACCUUCGAAUCUGGUGCUGAAACCCCUGACACCGUCCCGGUAUAUCGCGUUCAUCGCAUUUGGCUGGGGUAUCAUAGCAAUGUGCACCGGCUUCGUCCAAAGCUAUGGAGGUCUCAUUGCCGUACGUCUGAUUCUCGGUAUUGUUGAAGCUGGUCUCUUCCCCGGGCUUAAUGUCUACCUGACGUUCUUCUACACGAAGAAAGAACUUGCUCUGCGCGUCGGCUAUUUAUUCGUCAGCGCUGCUAUCGCUGGUGCUCUGGGCGGAUUGUUAGCUUAUGGUAUUGGCCAGAUGUCAGGGGUCGCUGGGUAUAAUGGGUGGAGGUGGAUUUUCAUCAUCGAGGGUCUUCCGAGUAUCGUGCUGGGCGUCAUUUCGUUCUUCCUCCUACCAAACGAUAUCGAUCAUGCGUAUUUCUUGACUCCUGAAGAGAAAAAGUUUGCCAACGCGCGACAUUUACGUCAUUAUGGGUUUACGGAGAGCGCGCAGAAGUUUAGUAAGGAUGACAUGGUGGCUGCGUUUAAGGAUUGGAAGAUUUGGUUAUUCUGCAUUGGCCAAUUCGGUGUGGAUACCUUGCUAUAUGGGUACUCGACCUUCCUACCAACGAUCAUCCGCGGCCUGGGGGAAUGGUCUACUGCGGAGAUUCAACUGCUUACUAUUCCUUGUUACUUCGUCGGUGCUAUGACGUACAUGGGAAUUGCGUACGUAUCGGAUCGUAUGCAGAUGCGUGCCCUUUUCGCCAUCGUUUUUGGCGCUAUUAGCGUGGUUGGAUACGGUGUGCUGCUCUCCAACUCGUCUGCUGGUGUCCACUAUUUUGGUUGCUUUCUCGUGGCUACGGGGCUUUACGUAACUGUCGGUCUGCCAUUAGCUUGGUUACCGAAUAAUACACCGCGAUAUGGCAAGCGUACGACGGCUAACGGCAUGCAAUUGACCUCGGGUAAUGCUGCUGGUAUUAUGUCAUCAUUUAUAUACCCCAGUACGGAUGGACCUCGUUAUAUCGUAGGGAACGCGGUGUCUCUAUCUCUUGUAGGAAUGGCUGCCUGUAUAUUUGGUUUCUUGUGGUUUUGGUUUGCUAGAGAGAAUAGGAAACGGGAUGAAGGUCAUCUGAAGUCUGAGCAUGAGAAUUUAUCUGAAGAUGAACUGGCUGAACUUGGUGAUGAGAGUCCGAGAUUCAAGUAUACCAUUUAAGAUUUAUCCUUAUAUGAAUAAUUAAUUCUCAUACAAGAAUCUUAAAAUCUUUAUUGUUGUAAAGGAGAUAGGAAAAGUCUUAGUGGCCAAUCAGAUUAUGACCCGCUCUAGCUGCCUAGCUGACUGCCC